UCCUGAGAAAACUACGUCGUUUGAAUGCUUCAAGAUCGGGUGUCGUUGUUAGGGUUCCGAUCAAAAUCUCUCACUCGGAAUUGGGCAGAAGAAAAGAGAUGGGUCGACAGAAAGAGAUUCCUCCAGCGGUUAGGGUUUAUACAGUCUGCGAUGAAUCAAGAUACUUGGUAGUAAGAAACGUGCCGGCUUUAGGUUGUGGUGAUGAUCUCAUGAGAUUGUUCUCUACUUACGGAGAGGUUGAAGAAUGUAAACCAAUGGAUGCCGAAGACUGUGAGGCGUUUACUGAUGUCUACUGGAUCAAGUUCCGUCUCAUCGCUAAUUCCAGAUUUGCAAAGAGGAAGUUGGAUGACUCAGUCUUCUUGGGAAACCGGCUCCAGAUUUCAUAUGCUCCUGAGUUCGAGAGUCUCAGUGACACCAAGGAAAAGUUAGAAACAAGGAGGAAAGAAGUGCUUUCAAGAUCCAACCCCCAGAAAGCCAAGAGCAGCGUCUCACAAGUCACAAAACCGGCUUUGACCCAAAUGGGUAAUUUCUCACUACAAAGGAGUUUGCAAAGCGAAAUGGAUUACCAAUUCCAUAGAAGAAACGCUCCUAUUACUCGAGUUUCAUCUGACCAGGAGUAUUUUGGGUCAUCUUCAAUGAAUCAAACUGUUAAAACUGUGAGGGAGAAACUCAACAAGAUUGAAGAAAGUGGUAAGCAGAAGAGGUCAGAAGCAAGCAGCGAGAAUCUUCAAACAGAACCUGACUUGAAGAGAACCAGAGUCGAUAACCGAAGAAGAAUCUAAAAUUAUUUAGCUCUAAUCCUGUUUACCUUUUUUAUCUUGAUUGUGAAUAUUGGAAAAACUUCUAUUUUUUUAACUAUUCAAUUUCAGUUACUGCGA